AACAACCUCUCAUGCAAGCAAUAGUAAUAAGAAAGAAAAAAUAAUCAUGAAAUACCUUGGAAGUAGUCUUCUUCUCUUAUCUUUAACUCUUUCCUUGUUAGUUAUAGUCCUUGCAGACGAAAGAGGUGACCAUAAAUGCGGACCACCUAACGGCAACCCUCCAUGUGGAAACACCAGAUGCUGCAGCGUCCAUAACUUUUGUGGUGGCGGAUCUGCCUACUGCCAAGGAGGAAACUGCCGAUACCAGUGUUGGUUCGUCGCACAUGGUUCGAGCCAUGACCUCCCCCGUGCUUUACUCAGAAACAAUGAUGGUAUAAGCGAGAUUCUCAGUGAAUCAGUUUAUAAUGAAAUGUUUAAGCACAUGAAGGAUUGUCCUAGCCAAGGCUUCUACAACUACGACGCCUUCCUCGCUGCUGCGGCGUCUUUCCCUGGUUUUGCUACGACUGGUGAUGUCGCCACUCGUAAAAGAGAGCUCGCCGCUUUCUUCGGUCAAACAUCUCAAGCGACAACAGUUUUCUUGUACGUAGGGCAAUGGUCUGAUUCAAUAGAUUCGCAUGCAUGGGGAUAUUGUCAUAUAAACGGGACUACUAUGGAUUCUGAGAAUGAUUAUUGCACGUCUUCUCAUUGGCCUUGCGCUUCUGGCAAAAAAUACAAUAGUCGAGGACCAGUACAACUCACUGACAACUACAAUUACGGACUGGCUGGAGAUAGUCUUGGCAUAGAUUUGAUCAACAAUCCUGAUUUGGUAGCGACAGACCCAAUUUUAUCGUUCAAGACAGCCAUAUGGUUCUGGAUGACUCAGCAUGACAACAAGCCUUCUUGCCAUGAUAUUGUUAUCAACGCUAAUUAUCCCCAAGUGAUCCCCAGCUAUGGUGUGAUUGGAAACAUAAUCAAUGGACAAAGACAAAAUAAUAAUCUGGUAACCGAUACUAAUAGUAUCGGCUACUACAAGAGGUACUGUGACAUUCUAGGAGUGAGCUAUGGAGAUAACUUGAAAAGUUGGUACGACCAAUCGGUUGAUGCUCACAUCCAAAUGCAUAGAUCAUCUAAUAAAGCGUAAUAAUGAUUAGAAGACAAAAAAUGAUGGCUCUUUCUAUGGACAAAUAGGAAGCGGUAUCUAUAUGAGUUCGUUCUAUAGUCCUCUCGUAUGAUCGACUUCCUAUAUUAUCUGUGUAUAUUUGUCCACGUAUGGAAAUGUAAUAAAGAAGGUACAACUUACUAGGUUGACCUUCUUAGUUUUGAAUAAAUGAGCCACUGUGUCGUUUCUUCCA